AUGGCUCGCUCUAGCACUCGUGAUUCCGGAGCCGAGUCCGCCCUUGCGCUGCCACCGCCACCUUCGCACUGCACUCCGUCAUCCAAGGAAUGUAGAAUGGCCGCACUAGCCUAUGCACCCUGCCUUCCAGCCGCUGACCGUCUGCUGACUUCGUCCAGUAUGGACACAGCAAAGAAUAUUCAAUCGAACUUCAGCAGUCGAAGACCUUCUGUUCUUGACAUGGUUCGACUCUUUAAGAAGUCACCAUCUGUAACUACUCCUCCCGACUUGAAUGCUAUUGCCGGUGAACAGCUACAAAGUGAAGGUGAGGACCCUAUGAAUGAGGAUUUCCUUUCACCGGACUCUAUAAGUUGGAACAUGGAAUUUGUGGUUCAAAAUCCUAACAUCAUGGCUAACUAUAAUGAUGUCAUUUUUGCGAGUUAA